UGCUUGCCACAUUGCACAAAACUCAGGCAACUUGGAGCGCUCUCAGAAUCGAAGAACUGCAGAGUUUGUGGGCAGAAGAGAUGGCGGCGAGCGCUGCCCGAGCCAGUGUAAACGCUGCGGGACCAUACGAGGAUUGUGAUGAAGAAGAUCGGCACCGCGAGGAAAAAGUUGUCAGCAGUUCGGCUUCGCGUGAGUCAAGCACUGACGGUGGACCAUCAAUUUCAUCAUAUCGUUCGGAUCCCUCAAGCAGGAGCACCAGGCUUAGAGAUCUCAGCUCAUCUUCGCUAGACCUACUGAACCAGCUGGAUCAGAUACCACCCCCCAUACACUGCAGAAGAGAAAGCGGACUUGGGGGGGAUAGCGCAGACUUUGGAGAUGAUUCAUAACUCGAUCCAGGACUCGGAUGUGGUCAUUCAGCUAGAUUCUCAAGCCAGGGUCGAGCCGCAAUCCCAGGACACAGACGAGUCACACUUCCAGGACAUGGAUGAGCUCGCUCAUAGAUCUCCUGAACCUCAGGCAGCAGCAAGGCGAGGAGCUCAUACUCUGAAUCCGCCCAUGGAGCUACCAGUAUCGAAGCG